GGAUUCCAACUGACCAUGUUGUCCAACACCAGUUCUGACUUUGACCUGACCAUUCGCCAGCAGCCCGACCGGGCGCGCGUGGCCGGGGGCAAGGAAAAGGAGCGCAAACCCAUCGAUCCGCCCCCGAUCGUCCAGCUUCGGGUGCGCGAGGAGGGCUCUUAUCUUGCGCAACACUACCUGCAAAGCCCCUACUAUUUUAUGUGCUGCAGCCUGUACGAUGCCUCAGAAGACCGUCCAGUGCCCGUGGCGCCAUCUACAGCGCUAGCAGGAACCCUGGUUUCGUCCCUUCACCGGCUGAAGGAUGUGGACAACAGCGACGGAGGAUUCUUCGUGUUCGGCGACCUGUCUGUGAAGAUCGAGGGCGAGUUUCGUCUCAAAUUUACUCUGUUUGAGAUGCGCAAGGAUGUUGUCACCUACUUGAAAACCAUCAUUUCGGACCGAUUUAAGGUGUCGCCUCCGAAGAACUUCCCGGGCAUGAUGGAGUCCACUUUUCUCUCGCGAUCGUUCGCGGAUCAGGGCGUGAAGCUGCGCAUUCGCAAGGAGCCUCGAACUAUGAUGAAACGCUCUGCACCUCGCCCAGACGAGUUUCCGCAGGCUAUUCCUCCUCGAUCGCCGGAUCGACAGCCGGUUCAGAUCCCGCCUGCUGCGACAGGCUAUACAGGCUAUCCGGCGGCGGCAGCGAGUCGAGACUAUCAGUAUUACGGGGCUCCCGUCAAACGCCACCGUACCUCGAUUGACUAUGGUCGGCAAAACAUUUAUGACACCGAUAGCAGGAUGGCUGCUCGCCCGAUGGAUCCAUACGGCCAAUCGACGACUAUGUACGGCCAGCCAAGCGCAUACCAGAAUCCAGCUAUGCAGCAGUAUUCCACGGGCCAGGUGGUGCCAGACUAUGGGAUGACAUACGGUCUUCCUCCCUCAGCAGCACCCAUGUCUCAAAUGUCGGAUCCCUCUGGUCAGGCUCGGCCUAGCCAGCAAGCUGCCGUGGGGCAGCUGAUGGCGAUGAACCAGCCGGGCACUCCCACCCCAGAUUCGACUGGAGCGAUGAUGGCUCAGGGAUACCCUCGGUCCGGAUACCAGACGCCCAGUUCGACCAUUCUUCCUCCGCUGCAGCGCAAUUAUCCCCAGGCCACCAACGGGACCACCGCGCGCGGCUACUUUGACCAGCCUUCCCCGACGGCUACCCCAAUUUUACCUUCCCAGAUGGCCCCCGAAGGUAAUCGCUAUGGCUCUGCGAACGGAACUCCUCAGUGA